AUGAAGCCCGUCUCGCAGAUGCCACACAGCCGGACGGACGUGGCAGCGUCCUGUCCCGCUCUUGCCGCCACAGAGGAAGACAUGGAUUCUCUUAUCUCGCUGGCAACAACGACACCUACCCCGAACACAACUAAUGCCACAACGACACCUUCUCCAACAACUGAGACGACACCUACUCCAACAACUGAACCAACAACGACACCUGCUCCAACAACU